ACCCCUGGCGCUGCCUGCAGAGGUAGCAGCCGUCUCUCAUUCGGCAUCGUGACCGCCCUCAGACCUCUGGGGAAGCCCAAGAUCUAUAAAAUGGGACCAAGAAGUUCAUCCGGCACCAGUCAGAACCGAUGUGUCAAAAUGAAGCACAACUGGCGGGAACCCAGAGGCAUUGAUGAUAGGGUGUGCGGAAGUUUCAAGGGCCCGAUCUUGAUGCCCAACAUUGGUUACAUGAGCCAUGAGAAGACAAAGCCCACGCUGCCCAGUGGCUUCCAGAAGCUCCUCACCCACAAUGACAAGGAGCUGAAAGUGCUGCUGAUGUGCAACAACAAGUCUCACUGUGCGGCGAUCACUCACAAUGUCUUCUCCAAGAACUGCAGGACCUCUGCGGGAAGAGCAGCCCAGCUGGCCAUCGAGGUCACCAAUCCCAAUGCCUCGCUGCACAGUGAAGAAAAUGAAUAG